AUGGAGCGCGGGCAGGAGCGCGUGGUGGCCCUGGUGGACAUGGACUGCUUCUUCAUGCAGGUGGAGCAGCGCCUCGACCCGCAGCUGCGCGGCCGCCCCUGCGCCGUGGUGCAGUACAAGAAGUGGCAGGGCGGCGGGAUCAUCGCGGUGAGCUACGAGGCGCGCGCCUUCGGCGUGGCCCGCGGCAUGUGGGCGGCGGAGGCGCGCGCGCUGUGCCCGGAGCUGCUGCUGGCGCGCGUGCCCGAGGCGCGCGGCAAGGCGGACCUGACGCGGUACCGCGAGGCGAGCGCCGAGGUGAUGGCCGUGCUGUCGCGCUUCGCCGCCAUCGAGCGGGCCAGCAUCGACGAGGCCUACCUGGACCUGACGGGCUGCGCGCGGGAGCGGCUGCGCGCGCUGCGGGGCYGCCCGCUGGGCGCCGCGCUGCUGCCCACCACCUUCGUGCAGGGGCUGCCGGCCGCCACCGCCGCCGCCCGCGACAAGGAGGAGCUGCGGGAGCGCGGCGUGCACGAGUGGCUGGCAGCGCUGCCGUUCGCGGAGCCUGACUGCCCGGACCUGCAGCUCACCRUGGGAGCUGUGAUCGUGGAGGAAAUGAGGGCGGCCGUGGAAGAAGCCACCGGCUUCAGGUGCUCAGCUGGCAUUUCACACAACAAGACCCUGGCRAAGCUGGCGUGCGGCCUGAACAAGCCCAACCGCCAGACGCUGGUGCCCUGGCGAUCCGUGCCGCAGCUCUUCAGCCACACGCCCGUCGGCAGCAUCCGAAACCUGGGGGGGAAGCUGGGUGCUGCCAUCAUGGACAUCUUCGGCGUGGAGUACAUCGGGCAGCUGACUCGGAUCAGUGAGGCGGAGCUGCAGACCCACUUUGGGGACAAGCCGGGGUCCUGGCUCUACGACCUGUGCAGAGGAAUUGAAGAUGAGCCCGUCAAAAACCGGCACCUAGCCCAGUCCAUUGGCUGCAGCAAGAACUUCCCUGGGAAGACAGCCCUGGCCACGCAGAAGGAGGUGCAACACUGGAUCCUGCAGCUCUCCUUGGAGCUGGAGUGCAGGCUCAUUAAGGACAGGAGCCAGAACCAGCGCGUGGCCAAGCAGCUCAUGGUGGUGAUCCGCGCGCAGGGAGACGUGCGGCUCUCGCGCUGCUGCGCGCUGGCCCGCUACGACGCCCACAAGAUGAGCAGCGACGCCUUCGCCCUCAUCCAGAGCUGCAACGCGGCUGGGGCUCACCAGGCCGCCUGGUCUCCGCCGCUCAUCUCGGUGCUUCUCUCUGCCAGCAAGUUCUCAGAGGCUCCCACGCUCCUCUCUGGGGGCAUUGCCACCUUCCUGACCAGUGAGGCCCAGUCUGACGGCACRGCCACCACCAGCAAAAACACCGUGUCCUCUCGGAGCCCCAGGGUGAAGUUCUUCAGGAGCCCAAGCAAGGAGGCCAGGCCGCCUCACGCUAUCGAGACCUUCUUCCAGAGGGCAGCCGAGCGGCAGCGCGCGCAGCCGCCCGCGCCCGGCUCCCCGGAGCGCCAGGCGGCAAGUGGCGCUGGACCCGCCGUUGCGCAGGGCGACCUGGCGGCCCCCGGGAGCUGCAGCCCUGGGCAGGGGAGCUCUGCCUCUCCCCGCAAGAGGCUGCUCUGGGAAGAACCACGGCCGGAUGGUACACAAGUGCCCUCCACGCCGCUGGGCUCCAGCAGCCCCCCGAAACCAGCACAAGCUGCAGAGGGCAAUGAGCAGAACUUGCCCCCGUCUCCUGAGCUCACGCACUUCCCUCCCGCCUCGCCCGGGGACUGGCAGCAGUGUGAGAAGUGUGGCCAGCGCGUGCUGGCCUGGGAGCUCCCCGAGCACCUGGACUACCACUUUGCUGUGGAGCUGCAGCGCUCUCUCCUGGAGCCCAGCUCCCCGCCGGCCCUGGGCGCAGCUCCCAGCCCCAAGGCUGCAGCUCCCAGCUCUCCGGCCAGGAGCAAGCCCAAGCCUCAAGCUGCCACCAGUGCCAAGCGGCCCAGGGAAGGGGCGACACGAACUCUGGACUUUUUCUUUAAACGGUUAUCUCCUUAACUCCCAGCCACCCUGGGAAUUUUAGAUGAUCAAUGUUUUUUAAAUACAGCUGAAAAGUUUUUAUACAGA